CUUCAUAAAUUUUGGAAAAUGGAAAGAUGUACAAUUUUCGAGGAAGACGCUGUUUUUCGCGAGGGUCGGAAAGGGUUGGAGUAUGGUCUUGUCCUGGAGAGUGCGGAAUACCUCAGCAGUGAUGAGGAACGUGAAGAAGUUGACGAAUUGAAGAAGGGAAAGGUGUUAGUGGCUUGGCAUCCCGAUGGAAAAGAAGAGGUUAUAUCAGAAAAAUCAGUAACACUGUCAGAUAGAUCCCUAAUGCCUGGCGAUGUUGUCCGUAGAUUGUCAGCAGGGAAAAACAGCCAACAGGGAUAUGUGCGGUUCAUUGACAGUAUGUGCCACAUUCAGGCCUUAGGAACAAGUAAGAUCAUCACGGGUAUCAGCAGCAAGGAUGUUGAUCCAUAUCCUUAUUGGGAUUUGGAACCUGGUGAUGUCACAAUGGACACAUGGGUUGGAAGAAUUGAAGCCCGCUACACAGACAUCACCCUUAUGCUGUCUAAUGGCACCCUAUUGAAGGUUACAGAAGAAGACCAAGACAUCUACAAUCUUGAAGAUAUAAGUGAGAAAAGAAGCAAGACCUCAGAGUUUGUGAAGGAAGAGAUUUACGUCGGCCAAGUUUUGAAGGGAUCAAUCGAUGAUCUUUGUGGAAACUAUGAGAUUAUUGAGAAGCACAGCGGGCCAUGCUCCAAGCAUAUUGCAGUUGUACAAGUGGAGACUCGUGCUAUGGAUGUACACUGGUUAUGCAAAGGCUACUCAGAGUCACAAAAUAAUUGUAGUCCCCCUCCCUCUAAACUCACAAAGGCAGAUUUAGAAAACAAGUUGAAGAAAUUGAACUGUUUUGAAUCGUCAACUGUGCAGAUAGGAGACAUGGUAUUUUACAAAAUAAAGCCAAAUGAUAAUAUAGUUGAGUACAGUAAAAGUUACAAAACUGUAGGCAAUUUUGUGCAACAGUUCAUUCCUGACAGUAACUCACAUGGUCAGGAACUUGAUGAACUUUUGAAAUUCAAAAAUUUAGCAACGGAAAAUAAAAUAAAUGAACAUGCUGAUUUGGUGCCUACGAAAUCGGAAUCAGAUUCAGAUUAUGAAGAUAUGGAAUCGGAUACAGGGUCAAACGCUUCAAAUUCAUCCUCAAGUUCGAGGAAAAAACGAGCGCAAAAAGGGCCAUCACUUCAAACGAGACUCGCCAAGCGAAAACAGGGUCGAGGGAAAAUAGCGAAAAAAGAGAAGCCACUACAAUGUCAAGUGAAACCCGGGAACUAUGUCCCUUGUGAGAUUAUCUAUACCUCUUCAAAUGUGGAGGUAAUGUGGCAGGAUGGAACUAUACAGAAGAACAUUCCCUCAACUGAUUUGUAUCCAAUACAUCAUUUAGACGAAAGAGAGUUCUUCCCUGGUGAUGUUGUGCUCUCAAAUAAUGAUGAGCAUAGAGAUCAAUAUGGAGUUGUACAGACUGUUGACCAUGGUGAGAGAACUUGUACUAUUCACUGGAUGACACCUUACGAAACUGGGAAAGGAACAAGACCAACUUACGUUGGGCAUGAGGAAGUGAGUGUAUAUGACAUAAAAGACCAUGAAGAUUACAGCUACAGGCCUGGCACAGUGGUUGUGAGAAUAGCUAGCUCAGAGGAUGCAAAUGCUCAGGCUUGCGGUCAGGUUUAUGAGAUUAUGACUGACGGGAGACUGAAGAUACAAUGGGGAGAUACAACUCAAUCAUUCUGCUACCCUCAGGAACUCUAUACCUUUGGGGAAGAGGAAUAUGGGGCGCUCCUGAAAACAUCACUAUUGAACAGCCAGAUGUCUGAGUUUGGUAGUGAUGAUGACUAUAGUGAUGAAGAUAGUGAUGGUACGGAAGCAACAGACAACAGUUGGGAGACACAAGAUGAGGCAGAAACUUCUGAGGAAGACACUGAUAAUGAAAAUGACCAAACUGCAAGUGGUGGCGAGUUACCGAAUAUACCAGAGUCAAGCUUACAGGGCUACCAAGAUAGACUAAAUGAGGCUCGUCACACGAUAGAGGCCCUUAGAACGAACCUCACCACCCAGAGCGACAUUUUACCCUUCCUCACUGUUAUGUACCAGAGCAUCAUAAAAUGUUACAAAUCAUGUCGUAAACUUGACAACCAGUUGGACACAAGUUAUUUCGAUGCUGAUGAAAUCAAGGAUCUAAUCAGUGUGAUACGUCGGAGUUAUAAAAAGGAGAGGGCCAGUGAGCUAACGGCACAUGUUAUGGGGUUGUUUCAGUCGCCGGCAGCUUGUAUGGCCCAAUCUGGUGAUGCAGGGGAGGAUACAGAGCAAUUACUAGGAGAAGCAGCAGCUGUUGACACUGCUGAUACCUCCCCUGAACCCUCUAAGAAGGAUGCAGAAUCUCAAACGCAUACUAAUAGCUCUAAAAAGGCUCACAAGGCAAAACGGUCCUGUGAGAACGCUUGUAGGUUACUGAAAGAAGGUAUGGGCAAGAUACAGAGAGACCUGGAUCAUCUUAAAAAGCGCAAUCUUGAAAAAAUGAAUGAUUCCAAUAAAACUCCCGAGAAACAAAAAAUUGUUGGAUUCAGUGAACCAUGCCGCAGCAACACAGGAAGUCCUUUUAAGGACCUUUCAGGAGCAAAAGUGCCCACAAGUCUCAGCAAUACUGGACUGAAUGUCGUCAGUAAAUUGUUAACGGAACUUGAACUUGAAAAUGAUGAUAAUGACAAUGAUUCUCUUAUUGAUAUGCUGGUUACGCAUAUGGGUCUCGAUAUCCCACCAGGGAAUUCUGGGAUAGAAAAAAGUAGCGACAUAAAAAGUCCUGUCAGUGACAUAUCUGAUCUGUCAGCCACCAUGGAGAAUAUUGAAGCAUUCAAGAUUCUAGAUACUGUUCCAGAAGGGCACAGGUUUAAAAAGACCCCACACCAGCCUGUCAAUCUAAAGUCUUUUACAACUGCAGUUAGGAAGGAGAUGAAGCUCUUGUGUACCAGUCUCCCUUCUGGCAUAUUUGUAAGGGGAUUUGAUGAAAGAAUGGAUAUUUUCUCUGUUAUGAUCUAUGGGCCAGAGCACACACCAUACGAGGAUGGUCUAUUCUUCUUCGAUGUUAUGCUACCUGCUGAUUACCCAGAAUCCCCUCCACUGUUUCACUAUCUGUCAUACUGUAAUGAUCGCCUGAAUCCAAAUCUGUAUGAGGAUGGGAAAGUCUGCGUUAGCCUAUUGGGAACUUGGAGUGGAAAGGAUACAGAAGUUUGGACCAAUAAAUCAAACCUGCUACAAGUCCUUGUCUCUAUUCAAGGCCUUAUUUUGGUGAAGCAACCUUACUACAAUGAGGCCGGCUAUGAGAAACAACAAGGUACACAACAAGGCCUUGAGAAUAGCAAAGUGUACAAUGAAAUGGCAGUUAUUAAGAUGGUGCAGUCAAUGCAGUGUAUUUGUAAGAAUCCCCCAGAAGUUUUCAAAGAAGAUGCCAUUGAGUAUCUAAACAAACACGGAUACAGGCUAGCUGAUAGAGUAGAAAAAUGGUUGGACUACUCUGUGAAAAACCAGCUUCAAAAAACUCCUACAAAACCCUCUAGUCUUCCAACAAACCAAUCUCAACUGACCUCAACGUUGGCUGUUAACAUUUUACCACAAAAUUGCCAAAUUCCAAAUGAUCACCUCGUGCGAAAAAUUAACCUUGCAAGCAUUGUGGAUGAAGCUGUUAAGAAAGUAGAUAACCCUGCUAGCAGGGUUAAUGACUCGACUGGUGAGGCUAACUCACAUGGGAACAAUAAAGCAACUGACAAUCAAGACUCUGAAAAAGAACCCGGUAAAGAGGAUAACCACUUCAUAGGAGACAAAACUCCAGAUGAAAAUAACAUUCCCAUUGGAAAUGAUGAUAUUAAUAAGGCUAAUGAGAAAAAUGAAACUGACAAUGAUUCGAAUGAACAAAUUUGUGCUGGUGCAGGGAUUCCAAAAGUUGAGUGUUCAGCAUUACCAAAUUUGGAGGUACAAGGGUCUUUGCCCGAGUUCCCAGAUUUCCCCCUUUUGCCAGGAUCAAGAGGGUUCUGCUUGACUCUUUCCAAACUGUUAGCCCGCUAUAAAGAAACACUCAAGAACAAUGAUAUCAAUAACCCCUUCAAGUAGUAACAUUGCCAAGAGUUUAUUGUAAGGAACCACUAAAUAUCAAUGAAUUGUCAACCCAUAUAAGUAGCAUUGUCGAGGUUAGCUAACAAUUAGAAAACACUUAUUGAUAUAGAUGUCCUCUUCAAAUGCCUCACAACAUUUCUAGUAUGGAAACUGGGAUCUAAGAACGUGAAGAAUCACAAAUUCCCUGUAAUUUGAUCGUUAUCUUUGUUUCCCAGUGUAUUGUUUGAUGAUAAAUAUACUAAGUACUGUACAUAUGCAAUAUUACUUCAAAAAAUAACAUAGAAACAAGUUGAAUGAUCAAGGACUAAAUUCCAAUUUCAUGCAGGCCCGUAGCCAAGAUGUGCCAAGGGGUUUCACUUUUUUUAUUAAAUUUCCAGGGGUUGCACUUUUGAC